CACACACACACCGUGAGACAGCGAGCUGUAUCGAUUUCAGACAUUGAUCAGCUUGACCGUGAUUAGACCUCAAAACCUGCCAGUGUCUUGAUAAAAAGCCAAUUAAUAAUUUCACCUGGACAUAAACAGCAGAGUACACGGCUUGUGGAGUUUGGGAAUGUGAGUGCGCGUCUAUUAGGAGGACUGUGAGUGUGGAAAGUGUUGAGGGUCUUCUGUACGUGGCAGCGAGUAAAUCUCUGCUAAACGUCUCAAACAUUGUGGCGGACUGUUUAUUAAACUCUUUUGCACUCAUCUCAGAAACGGAGGCCUUGCUUGACCAUGUCUACGUUUCUGGUGAUAACAGUGUUUGCUCUGUCAUGCCUCUUUUCGGCUACACAAGCAGAAAUCUUCACAUCGAUUUGCCAAAUGACAGACCUGAUAUUUACAGAGAGGGAGCUCGUCCAAUCCCUGAAAGAAUACAUCAAAGCAGAGGAGUCCAAACUUGAAGCUGUGAAGAGCUGGGCUAAUAAACUGGAUCUGUUGACACGUGUGUCCACCUCGGACCCUGAAGGCUUCCUGGGUCACCCGGUGAACGCCUACAAGCUGAUGAAGAGACUGAACACGGAGUGGUCGGAACUAGAGAGCUUGGUGCUACAGGAUCCUUCAGAUGGCUUCAUCUCCAACAUGUCGGUGCACAGACAGUAUUUCCCUGAUGAAGAGGAUGAGAAGGGAGCAGCUAAAGCUCUGAUGCGUCUGCAGGACACGUAUAGACUGGACUCUGAGAGCUUCUCUAAAGGCAAACUGCCAGGGGCGCGCUACAAUGCUUUUCUGACAGUAGAUGACUGCUUUGACAUGGGGAAACUGGCGUACAAUGAGAAUGACUAUUAUCAUUCAGUGCUGUGGAUGCAGCAGGCCCUCAGACAGAUGGACGCUGGAGAAGAGGCAAAGACACUGAAGGCUGAUAUUUUAGAUUAUCUCAGCUACUCUGUCUAUCAGAUGGGAGACUUGCCACGAGCCAUCGAGCUCACACGACGUCUGGUGGCCAUUGAUCCCAGCCACCAGAGGGCAGGAGGGAACCUGCGCUACUUUGAGGGUUUGCUUACUAAAGAGCUGAGGGACAUGGGUCAGAGCCAACAGGAGCUAGCAGAUGAGAGACCAAUUCAGCUGGACACUUAUGAGCGGCCCAAAGACUACCUGCCUGAGAGAGAGGUGUAUGAGGCCCUGUGCAGGGGAGAGGGCAUCAAAAUGACUCCACGGAGACAGAGCCGACUGUUCUGCCGCUAUCAGGAUGGAAAUCAAAACCCUCGUCUGCUGCUCAAGCCGAUGAAGGAGGAGGAUGAGUGGGACAGUCCUCAUAUCGUCCGCUACCUGGAGGCCCUGUCUGACAAAGAGAUCGAGAAGAUCAAAGAGUUAUCCAAACCCAAGCUUGCAAGGGCCACAGUGAGAGAUCCAAAAACAGGUGUCCUGACAGUAGCCCAUUAUAGAGUUUCCAAAAGUGCGUGGUUGGAAGGGGAGGAUGAUCCAGUGAUCGUGCGGGUCAAUCAGAGGAUAGAGGAUAUCACUGGAUUAACUGUGGACACUGCAGAACUGCUACAGGUUGCUAACUAUGGCGUUGGAGGUCAAUAUGAACCACAUUAUGAUUUCUCUAGGCGUCCUUUUGACACCAACCUCAAAGUUGACGGAAAUAGACUUGCCACCUAUCUGAACUACAAAGAUGAACCUGAUGCUUUCAAAUCAUUAGGCACUGGAAAUCGUGUGGCUACUUUUUUAAAUUAUAUGAGUGAUGUGGAUGCUGGUGGAGCUACUGUAUUCCCAGAUUUUGGUGCUGCUAUCAUGCCUAGAAAGGGAACAGCAGUAUUCUGGUACAACCUCUUUAAGAGUGGAGAAGGGGACUACAGGACGAGACACGCGGCCUGUCCUGUUCUAGUAGGCAGUAAAUGGGUUUCAAACAAAUGGAUUCAUGAGAGAGGUCAAGAGUUCAGACGACCAUGUGGCCUGACUGAAGUGGAUUGAUAGUGAGAUCAGUGAUAAACUCAACACCACCUGCAGUGCCUUUGACUCUGCCGCGCACACACACACACACACAUACACACAAACACUCACACUCACACACUCCAGAUGCCCCAAGAAUUUACAGCAGUGACCAUCCGGACUAACAGCUGUCAGACCUGUGCAGACUGGUGUUUGUGGGGUGUUCUCUCUGUAAGGGAUUGGUUUUAUUUUCAGUGUUUUAAUGUCCUCCUCUUUGCUAAGCCUUUCAUGUUUGUUUGAAGAUUAUGAAUAUGCAAAGUGCUAAUGCACUGGACAUCACUUCAUACCAGAAGUCUUAUUGUGUUUUUAUGUAAUGCAUAAAUUAUUGUCCUGUUUUCUGUGUUUAUUUUAUAUUGAUGUUUGGUUUGCAAUAAAAU